CCAUUAUUCAUUUCAUAACUUUGUACUCCUAUACAAUAUGGAAACCACCACUCAACCCAAACCUUCAUGGGCAGAGCUGCUCGGAAGCAACAACUGGGAAGGUCUUCUCGACCCUCUCGAUAUAAUUCUUCGUGAAUUCAUCCUCCGGUGUGGCGACUUCUGUCAAGCCACUUACGACGCAUUCAACAACGACAAGAAUUCAAAAUAUGCUGGGAGUAGUCGCUAUGGCAAAAAAUCGUUUUUCCACAAAAUUAUGCUUCAACCAUCCCCUGAUGAUUACCAAGUACACGCUUUCAUCUAUGCCACGGCUAACGUAUCCGUCCCUGGAGCCUUCUUUCUCCAAUCCAUAUCUCGUGAAUCAUGGGACCGAGAAUCCAACUGGAUGGGCUACAUUGCAACAACUAGUGAUGAGGUGAGUCAAAGAUUGGGAAGACGUGAGAUCUACGUCGUGUGGAGAGGAACUACUCGUGUUUCCGAAUGGAUUAAUGAUUUAAGAGCCAAAAGUGUGUCUGUUGCACCAAUUUUGAGCCAAAAAACGCUUAGUACUUUGAUGACAUUAAACACUCGAGAUAGCAGCAGUAGUAGUGAUAGCGACGAAGAUGAAACGAUACCAAAAGUUAUGCAAGGAUGGUUGAGUAUAUACACAUCAAAUAAUCCAAAUUCAGCUUUUACAAAAGUAAGUGCAAGAAAACAUGUGUUGACAUGUAUUAAUCAUUUGAUUAAAAAGUAUAAAGAUGAAGAAAUCAGCAUAAUCAUCACAGGACAUAGCUUAGGCGGAUGUUUAUCCAUCUUAACCGCUUUUGAUUUAGCUGAAAACGGGAUAUCUGAUAUCCCGGUUUCAGCUUUUACAUUUGGUUCACCCCAAGUGGGGAACCAAGCAUUUAAUGAUCAACUUAAUAAAUUCUCAAAUGUGAAAAUCUUGAACAUAAAGAACAAGAUUGAUCUCAUUCCUCUAUUCCCAAGUAAGUUACUAGGUUAUGUGAACUCAGGUAACGAACUUAUAAUCGAUACGAGAAAGUCUAGUAGCUUGAAGGAAUCAAAAAACACACUUGAUUGGCAUAAUUUGCAAGGGAUGUUGCAUGUAGUGGCUGGUUGGAAUGGGGCUGAUGGUGAGUUUGAAUUGAAGGUUCAAAGAAGCUUGGCUUUGGUAAAUAAAUCGAGUGAGUUUUUAAAAGACGAGUUAUUGGUUCCUGGAUCGUGGUGGAUCGAGAAGAACAAAGGUAUGAUCUUGAAUGGAAACGGCGAAUGGGUUUUGGAACCGCCUGAUGAAGAAGACAUUCCUGUUCCUGAGUAUACAGAGUGAUAUAUAUUAUUAUAUAGCAUCUUUAAGUUGUAUUCUUGUUAUUGUCUUUCCAUUGUUAAUAAAACGAUAACAAGAAGGCUUAAACACAAA